CAGACGCGCUCGUCUUGUCGUCAACUAUGUCUGACUCUCUAUCCCCAUCUGAGCCUGCAGCUUCACAUCACCCGGGACACGGUCCGCUCACAGCAAAUGAAAGGAGGCGUCGCGUCCGUCAUCAUAAGUCUCGCAGAGGUUGCUUCACUUGCAAGCACCGAAGAGUAAAAUGUGAUGAGGUUCACCCUAUUUGCGGGGCAUGCGCAUUCCGUGGCGAUUCGUGUUCUUAUCCCCCUUCCGUGUCAUCGACUUUCCGAGUCUUGAAAUCUCCUCAAAUCUCCUCCUCCGUCACAGAUCCUCUGCAGCCCCUGGACUUUCGUCUCCAAGAACCAGCCGCAGAGUCACCUUUGCAUGAUCAAGCGAUCGGCUUGGCUGAUCUACGUCUCCUAACGAGGUUUAUGAUAUAUACGUCGAAGAAAAUGAGCUAUCAUCCCACCCGCCAGCAUGUUUGGGAGCAAUUGAUCCCGGAUCUAGCGGCUAAACAUGAGUACCUGAUGCAUUUACUCCUCGCUCUGGCCGGCGAGCACGUUUUAUAUGAAGCUCAUAUGCCUAAGUCUUUCACAGAGGGUGAAGACGACCGCCAGUCUUCAUCACCCGCCUACAGCCAAAGUGAGCUUGAGCUUGAAUAUCAACGCGUCAUUCAGCAUCAUCAGAAAGGUCUGGCAGGAUUUCGUCAGGCGCUGGCUGACAUGACACCCGAGACGGCAGAGUAUGUCUUUUGUGGUUCGUUGCUCAUUGUUGCUAUCUCCUUCGCUUCAAUAUCUACGAGAGAGCACUAUUGCACCGCCUCUGGGUUGAACAAGUCCCACAGUGAUCGGUACCCUUAUACCGACUGGCUCCACCUCGUUCGCGGCCUGACAAGUGUUGUCCGCGAACACUGGUUCACCCUCAAGUGUGGACGACUGCGGAUGAUGUUAUACUAUCCGCAUGCCAACGACGACUGGAAGGCGGAUAUGCCAACCGUCUCUUCAACGUUUCCCCGGUUGAAACACGCCCCGCAGAUUUUUCAUGUCUUUGCACAGGGUGCCUGCCAGGCCCUUGAUAUGCUCCGCGCUUUUGCGACUACAUUACCUUCUUUUAGAAAUGCACUAUCCCCUGGUGAGGAAAGCAUCCCAACACCCAGUCAGUCAGACGCCGAACCGGAGCAUCCAAACGACUACCUACACGCCAUCGCGAGAUUAGAAGAAAUCUAUAUGCGCAUACUUUACGUCCUGCGAUUCUCGCACAGUGAUCGCAACUGUUCAGCAUCGCUCGACAUUAAGAUGGACAUGGAAGACUGCGCCGUUACAUCCUGGCCGACCAUGCUCUCGACACGCUUCUUCGACAGCCUUUCAGCCGCAAGUGAGAGACUAACGACUGAGGAGGGAUUUUCGUACACCAUCCUGGCUCACUUCUACGUGGUCUCGAUCAUUUUUCGGGACUUGUGGUACCUUAGCAGUGGCUUUCGCUCAGAGAUUCAAAAGGUCGUACGCCUUGUAGCCCCACUAAGAAACCCUGCACUGAGCGCUCUACUCGCGUGGCCAAUGGAAGUCAUUGCGGCAUGCUGAAUGUGGCUGUUGGGACUGGCCUCUUUCUACUCUGGAGAGCAACUUCCUUUUUCCGUUUUUCUGUCAAUUUUUCUCUUCUUUUUUCUUUCUUUCUUUCUUCUUCUUUUUUAGUUUGAGACUUUAGUUUGGUAAGUUGUGAUUUGACUGGGCUGUGGGUAUUCUGCUUGACGAGAUCGGAUCGAAAAGGUUGCGAGGUUAAUCUAUUUUCAGUCGUCCCAUGGUUCGGCAAUUCCUGAUCUCAGGGGAUACGAGGAUACGAGGAUACGAGUAAACGAAUGCACGAGCAGUGCUUUCGGCGUCUCUAACAAGCCUGUCCCGGGUCGGUAGCCCCCCACUACGG